GGGGCGGACCGGGUCAGGCCUCCCGGCUCGUUCCAGGUCCCGGCCCGCGCCGAGGAGAUCACCAUCCCCGCCGACGUCACUCCGGAGAAGGUGCCCACGCACAUCGUGGAUUACUCAGAAACGGAGCAGACGGAGGAGGAGCUCCAGGAUGAGAUCCACAGGGCAGAUGUGGUGUGUGUGGUGUACGAUGUGUCUGAGGAAGCCACCAUUGAGAAGUGGCUUUUCUGGCAGGACCGGGACGGAGCGCUCUCUCCUGUGGAACUGCAGAGCCUCUACAGUGUGUUCCCCGUGGCCCCCUGGGUCCCUGAGCUCCCACGCACGGUCCGCACAGAGGCUGGCCAGCUGCCCCUGCACGGGUACCUCUGCCAGUGGACCCUGGUGACCUACCUGGACGUCCGGAGCUGCCUGGCCCAUCUCGGCUACCUGGGCUACCCCACGCUCUGUGAGCAGGACUCCCAGGCCCAGGCCAUCACAGUCACCCGGAGGAAGAGGCUAGACCAGGAGAAGGGGCAGACGCAGCGCAGCGUCCUCAUGUGCAAGGUGCUGGGCGCCCGGGGCGUGGGCAAGUCCUCCUUCCUGCGAGCCUUUCUUGGCCACCGCCUGGGGGAAGCCCAGGAGUUCCCUGCAGAUUCUCCAGUUCAUGUCAUCGACACAGUGCAGGUCAACGGACAGGAGAAGUACCUGAUUCUGUGGGAAAUGAGUGCAGAUAGCUUGCUGGCCGCCUCUCCAGAUACCACCUGUGAUGUGGCCUGCUUGAUGUUUGACGGCAGUGACCCCAGGUCCUUUGCACACUGCAUCAGCGUCUACAAGCGCCACUACAUGGACGGCCAGACCCCCUGCCUCUUCGUCUCCUCUAAGGCCGACCUGCCCGAAGGCGUUCCCCCCGCAGGCCUGUCGCCGGCCGAGUUCUGCCGUCGGCAUCGUCUGCCUCCUCCUACCCCCUUCUCCUGCGCGGGUCCGGCCCAGCCCCAUACUGACGUCUUUGCCAGGCUUGCCACCAUGGCUACCUUCCCGCACCUGGUCCACACAGAGCUGCACCCCACUCCCGUCUGGCUCAAGGGGGUGCUGGUGGCUGUUGGAGCUGCCAUGGCCGCCGUCCUCAGCAUCUCGCUGUACCGGGUCCUGGUGAAGAGCCGGUGA